AAGUAAAUCUGUCGAGGACAAAGCGUGUGUUGGAGUGCGGGAUUUUUUAAGGUCCACAAAGAAAUUAACACUAAGCCGAAGCUGACUUCAAAUCUAUAUAUCUCAACCUGUAUUCCCUUAAUCCUUCAUAAUGCCUGCCUUAUAGGCUACCUCGAAUUGCGUGAAUGGGAAUUUAAAUUCGCUCUGAAGUUCCAACAGCAGAAUGGGUGCGCUGAUGAUGCAUGUGUGGCUUGCGGCUGCUCUUGGUGUAUCUUUGUGUACAGCUGCCCCUGUUUCAGGUGGCCUUCAGGUUUUUGUCACUACCCAUGUCUCAGUGCAGCGCGGCCACACAACCACAUUACCAUGCUGGCUCAAUCCACCACAAAGUGCAGAGGGUUUAGAGGUACGUUGGUUCCGUCCUGAUCACUUCGAGUCCCCGAUCAUGUUUUACCGAGAAGAAAGGUUCCAGGAUUCAUCCCAGCAAGCUUCGUACAUGGGCCGAGUCUCAUUUGGCUUAAAGGAUGCAGCGUCUGGUGGGCUGACAGCAGGUGAUUUGAGCCUGAGGCUACAAAAUGCCACGAUUGAGGAUGCAGGAGAUUACACUUGUUACGUCAGCAGUGAUCUGAGUGAUCAGGGUUAUGACCGUGCAAGUGUCAGUCUCACUGUGACAGAAAUGGGAACAUCCCCUCUUCUGUCAGCUGAGUGGAAAGAAGAUCACAUGGUGAAUAUGAGCUGUGAAUCUGAAGGCUGGUAUCCAGAGCCUAGUCUGCGCUGGUCGGAUCAGAAGCAGGUUCUUACCCCAGAAAGCCUGAAGUACAGCAAAGACUCUUCUGGUCUUCUGUUCGUCCACAGCUGGCUUCUUGUCUCCAGCUCCACUGAGGUUUCCUGCACAGUGGGCAUAUCCAAUAAAGAGCCAAAAGAGGCAAGAGUGCGCCUGGAAAACCAUCCUCAACCUGAGUCUGGAUCGUCAGCGGCUGGAUGGGUGGCCUUUGCUCUACUCCUCAUAGCCAUGUUAGUGUUACUUGGAGUGCUGUACUACAAAAAGAGAGAGAAGAAAGACAAAUCAGGAAAUGUCCACACUGACGAGAAUCAUGCACUUUUACCAAAAGAAGUGCUAUCAACAGCUAGCAAGUUUUAUGUUAAUGUUACACUUGACAAGAAUCCAACAAAUCAGUAUCUCAGAAUCAAGAAUGGUAUACUGAGAGACGCCCAGUGUGAUUUUCCUGAUGGAGAAAAGGUUACCUGUCUCACAGCUAUCAAAGGAACACCUGGCUUCUCUUCUGGACAACACUACUGGGAAGUUUCUUUGGGGAAAAAAGAUCCUAUUGUAGGUCUCAAAAUGUCCUGGUGGGUAGGAGUUACAAGUGCAACUGUCAUCCCUCAGGAUGUUUCUCCAAAUACAUCUAACGGUUUCUGGUUCCUGUCCUCUUCCCCUGACAGAUCAGAUAGCUUUCAGUUUAGCACAGAACCCAAGGUUUUACUGCCUGUCCGUUCCAGACCGCAGACGGUUGGUGUGUAUUUGAAUUAUGACGGUGGAGAGCUUUCCUUUUAUAAUGUGGUUGAUAAGAGUCUCAUUGGCAGUUUAAACACUACUUUUACUGGUGAAGUUUUUCCAAUUUUCAACCCUGGUAAAGGUGACAAAGCAGCUAUGGAAAUAUUACAGAGGACAGAAGAUAGAUUUGUAGAUUUAUCACCACAAGAGGCUUAAUAUCAUCAAUACCAACUGCUGUAAGCAAGCAAUAUGAAAACCUAUAGGAUCUGUUUUAUGUUUUAGCACUGAGGUUGUAUCGUGUUGAAUUGAGUGAGUUUUAGUGUUUUUACUUUAUGGUUUUCAUUUAGUUUAGGGAAAUCUGAUGAGUGACUGAAAUGGGUGACCAUCUAACAUAUGUUAACAAGUCAUGACAAAAUGUUAUACAAUUUUUUAAGCUGUGAGAAGUGACAAUACUCAGUUAUGAGUAUUAUGAGUAUGCUUGCACAUAUAUAUGCGUAAAUAUACCAUUAAAUGAAUAGUUUGACAAUUUGAGAAAAUACACAUAUUUGCUUUUUUGCCGAAAAUUACAUGAGCAGAUUGGUACUACUCCAUCUGAGAGCCGUAUCAAUCUUCUCAUCUAACUCUGCAAAAAACACAAGUAGGCAUAUUUUCCCAAACUGUCUUUUAUUUAUUUAGUUAUAGCCUCGUGGUUAAGACGCGUACGUGGCUAAGAGAGAUAAUGUAGUUCUCCUGUUUUUGGCAAAAUUUACGUCAGUAUGGAUUACAAACAUACAUUUAUACACUAUUAGUAGAAAUACACUAACAUUUACCGUAUUCUUAUUUCACACUAAUUAGAAUGUAUCAUAAGUUAUCAUUGCCUGCCUGUGCUGCCUUUGAAAUAGUUAAUAUUGUGACUCUUUUUGGCGUUUAAGUCCACUUUUUUUAAUUUACAUGUAUUAUUAGUUAUAAUUUAAAAAAAAAACAACCAUGCACAAAAAACAUGAGAAACAGAGCACCGAGAAACUGGGAAGGAUCUGUGAGGUAGCACUAACACAGUGGUGAGCCGGGGUGGCCAGGUAGCUACAAACCGACUUACAAAAGGGAACAAUAUAUUUAUACAUGGGAGCAAAUACAUACAAUAUACUUGACAUCUGGAAUGAGGCAGCGUUACUUUAAGCUAUGAGCUGAUGGUCUGUAUUCAAGUUUCAGUUCACCUUUGGUAUAUUGUUGUACAGAAUGGCAUUCAUACUGUUUGUAAAUGUCUUUCCAGUGAUUUAUGUUAAAAUGUAAACGUAUUCUACAAUGUGUGUACGCUUUGUGAAUGCCAGCUUUUUGAAUAAACUCAACCAAUAUGGGA